GCUUUAUUACACUCUCGUCUCUGUUCUUCUCUUUUUACAGUUUUCCUUUGUUGAAGCAAUCUCUGUUUCCCAAUUUGGAUCAGAAACCCUAUUAAUAUUCUCCUCAUUUUCGAAGCCAUCUGGGUUUUUGCAGAAGGCAAUUUUUUUCCCCAUUUCUACGAUUUAUAGUCCCAAAUUUUACGGCUUUCAAUUCUUUGUUGAAGUAAGUGGAUUCUUGGGUUUGGAUUUGUUAGGAUCCUUUAUGAUUCUUGUUCGAUUAGCAUUCUUUCAACUGUAUUCAAUUCAUGUCGGAUGUUGAGAAGAGUUCUUAGUGGGAUUUAAGACUUCGGAUUCGAUGGAUGUGGAUACUGGAAGUACAUCUGGACCUGCCGAGGAGCCUCACUCUCACUCUGUUCCGAUCCGCUUAAGGCGAAAUCCUGUGUUCUAUCAGUUUACCCAACAAAGUCUUCCAGCUUGUAAACCUGUCUUGACACCGUUAUGGGUGAUUUCUGUAUUUUUGUUAAUGGGUGUCAUUUUUAUUCCUGUCGGGCUUGUUGUUCUUCAUGCGUCACAGAGUGUUGUGGAAAUUGUUGAACGUUAUGAUACAAAAUGCAUACCUGAAAAAUUCAGAAGUGAUAAAGUGGCAUAUAUUCAGGACGAUUCAAUUCCCAAAAACUGCACUAUAGUCUUACGGGUGCGUCAACGUAUGGAAGCUCCAAUUUAUGUCUACUAUGAGCUUGACAACUACUACCAGAACCACCGACGGUAUGUAAAAAGUAGAAGUGAUCGGCAGCUCCUACAUGGAUUGAAGUAUAAUGAUACAAGUUCCUGCAAGCCUAUGGAUUCAAACAAUGGGCUCCCCAUUGUUCCAUGUGGGUUGAUUGCAUGGAGUUUGUUCAAUGAUACAUACACUUUCACCCAUGGGAAAGUGGAACUAAAUCUCAAUAGGAAGAACAUAUCAUGGAAGAGUGAUCGGGAUCACAAGUUUGGCAAGCAUAUCUAUCCUUUCAAUUUCCAGAAUGGAACCUUGAUCGGUGGUGGCAAGCUAGAUCCUAGUGUUCCUCUUAGUGAUCAGGAGGAUCUUAUUGUGUGGAUGCGCACUGCUGCUCUUCCUAGCUUUCGAAAGUUGUAUGGAAGAAUUGAAGAGGAUCUAGAUGGAGAUGAAUUAGUGGUAGUGAAGCUCCUUAACAAUUACAAUACUUACAGUUUUGGAGGGAAGAAGAAGCUUGUUCUUUCAACGUCCGGCUGGUUGGGAGGGAAGAAUGACUUCCUUGGGAUAGCCUACAUUGUUGUUGGUUCUUCUUCCAUCUUCGUAUCUCUUGUCUUCUUGCUGCUUCAUGUGAAAAAUCCAAGGCCUUAUGGAGACACAACAUAUUUAUCUUGGAACAGAAAAACCAAUGCUAACUAAGAUGGUAUUGUAUUUGUAAACCCUUGGGUGUAGCCAAAAAUGGUAAUUGUUUAUUGCUUCUCUACUUAAUGAUCAACCUGUGAGCCACAUAACUUUUCGUUGAAGCAGUUAGAGGGCACGGAAAUAGUGUUGAUAUUAAAGAGCGCAUCCCGACUUCCAGAAACAGAGGUACAAUGAUCAUACUACGAAUCUGCUGGAGUACUGUUUAUAUUGACAUUCAAUGUAUAUGGAUGUAAAGAUAAAAAUGCUGUGAAUGCUUUACAGAGUCAUUUUUUAUCAUAUGUUUUCAUGUACCCAUCAGUAAACUGACAAGUGUACUCAAUUUAAGAAGAGAACAAGAAAAGAGAAGUUCGACAUGAUC